CACCCUACCCACAUUUGAGACUUGUUCUCCUAUAUGAAUGAAUAUAUACAAGUAUAUAUCCCUAUUCUUUGUAACAUAUAUAUCGAUUAUUGACAUGUAAUAUAUUUCCAUACAUCACCUUCUCUAUUAUCUCUAGAAAUUUUUACAUAGGGAGCCCUGUUGGCUGUUCUUGUAUAUAUAUAUAUACUUAAUUAAAUUAAUAUAACUGUUAAUUUGUUGUUGAAAUAUAUAUAUUGAUGAAUAAAAAUAGAUUUCCCGGUAGCUAGAUAUAAGAUACGUGGCGCAGUCGAUGGCGUAGUUUGAGGAUAAAGAAGCAUUAGACCAUGUCUAUUUAUAUAUAUAACACCUACAAAUAUAUAUAUGUAUAUACUUUAAAAUUUCAGUUCAGUAGUCUUCUCUUCUUUCUCAUAUAGUCUUCAUCAUUUAUAAUAAUACCAAAAACACUAAACACUCUCCCCACACCUUAAUUUCUUAUAAUAUUCAAAAAUGUCUCAUAAUUGAAUUCAAUUUAUAUAUAUAGCUUCCUUUUGUUGUGAAAAUUUCUUAUUAUUUUCAGUUUUAAAAAUUCAAAUUAGGUACUAUUAUUAUUAAAAACAGAGGAAUUUUUCAUUCCAAGAGCAAAACUCCACCUACUCAACAAGAGAGAGAAGCACGACUUAGCCAGAAAGCGUUGAAAUUGUGUGUUGCGAUCGGUUGAGAAGUGUUUGUCUUGUUUGUUUAUUUUAAUUUUAAUUUUAAUUUUGGCCAUUUAAGCUCAAACGUGUGAGCCAAGCCUCUGUUUUCUGCUUCCCUUAGCAUUAACAUUUUAGAGACCAAAAAGGGAGAACAGAGAGCAAAAACAAAAGAAGAGGGAAUUCUAUCUUCACAACCAGUUGUAUAUCAAUCUCUCUCACACAAGAUAUAUAUAAUAUAUAUGUAUGUAUGUAUAUAUAUAUGUGUUUGGAAUAAUUUGGGUGAAAGUAAUUAGAGAAUAAUGAAAUCACCAGCUUCAUUUGGGAGAAGCAGUAGUUCGAAAUUGUCGAGUUACAGCCGUGGGUUUGACCUCCCGGACGAUUUAGAGCCGGAGUUAGAUCAAGAAGCUGACAGCUAUGAAGUCGGCGGAGCAAUGUUGUCUGUGUUCCUCAACGACCUCCGCCAAAGCUCUCAGCAAGACCUUGUGGAGGUCACCUUAGAGUUAAACGACGAUGAUUCCAUUGUCGUUUGUAGCGUUGCUCCAACGACAACAGGGACUCCAACUAGGACUCCCGUCGCCGCCGCGGCCGAUGAGGCCGCUUCAGUUUCUGCGGUGAGUGCCGGAGGAAGUAAAAUUGUUAGGAGUUUCUCGAAUGCGUCGAGAAGUAUUCGCCGGAAAUUUCCGUGGCUGAGAUCGACUGCGGCCUCGUCGAUUGCUUCGGACACAGAGGAUCAAGCUGCGGUGGCUCCAAUUACAGCUCGUGACGCUCGAAGAAUCAAGGCGAAACUUCAACGGUCGAGAUCGACUGCUCAAAGAGCUCUGAACGGUCUCAGAUUUAUCAAUAAAAGUACUACAGGUGCUAAAAACGCCGAUGAGUUGUGGAAGCGAGUUGAGUCCAAGUUCAACUCGCUCGCUAAAGACGGAUUACUUUCUAGAGAAGACUUCGGUGAAUGCAUAGGAAUGUUGGAUUCGAAGGAGUUCGCAGUAGGAAUAUUUGAUACAUUGGUAAGAAGAAGACGACAGAGGAUUGAUAGGAUAAACAAAGAAGAGCUUCACGAUUUCUGGUUACAGAUUUCCGACCAGAGCUUUGACGCGCGACUUCAAAUCUUUUUUGAAAUGGCGGAUAGCAACGAAGAUGGACGAAUCACAAGAAAUGAAGUGCGGGAGCUCAUAAUGCUAAGUGCUUCCGCAAACAAGCUUAGUCAGCUAAAAGAACGAGCUGAAGAAUAUGCUUCGCUAAUAAUGGAAGAACUUGACCCCGAAAACCUUGGAUAUAUUGAGUUAUGGCAGCUGGAGGAACUGCUAUUACAAAGGGACACUUACAUGAACUACAGCAGGUCACUGAGCAUAGCAAGUGUGGGCUGGAGCCAAAACUUGGGUUCAAAAUUUAGGCCCAAGAACCUGGCACGGCGAAUUAACUGGGGAGUUCAGUAUCUUGUUAUGAAAAAUUGGCAAAGAGGGUGGAUAGUUCUGCUUUGGAUCACCGCAAUGACUUGCCUAUUUUACUGGAAAUUCUACCAAUACAGCCAUAUGGCGGCGUUUCAGGUAAUGGGCUAUUGCUUGCCGGUCGCCAAAGGCGCUGCUGAAACUCUUAAGCUCAACAUGGCACUUAUCCUCUUACCCGUAUGUCGAAAUACACUGACUUGGCUUCGAUCCACUAGAGCUAGGUCCUUUGUCCCCUUCGACGACAACAUCAACUUUCACAAGUUAAUUGCGUGUGGUAUAGCCGUCGGAAUCACUCUCCAUGCGGGGAACCACUUAACGUGCGAUUUUCCUAGGCUGGUAAACUCACCGCCAGAAAGAUUUGCAGUCAUAUCCUCCGAUUUUCAUGGCGUACAGCCGACGUACAAAGAUCUUUUGACAGGUCCAGAGGGUGUGACUGGAAUUCUAAUGGUGGUGUUCAUGAUCGUUGCGUUCACGCUUGCUGCUCGUCGAUUCCGUAGAAACGUGGUGAAAUUGCCAGCGCCUUUGAACAAGUUGACAGGCUUCAAUGCAUUCUGGUACUCUCAUCACCUGUUUGCUUUCGUCUACAUUUUGCUAGUAGUCCACGGGCAAUGCCUGUAUUUGGCACACGAGUGGUAUCAGAAAUCGACGUGGAUGUACAUCUCUGUUCCAUUGAUAUUGUAUGUAGCUGAGCGGAGCCUGCGAACAUGUAGAUCAGAGCAUUAUUCGGUGAAAAUAUUGAAGGUCUCAGUGCUACCAGGGCAAGUUUUCAACUUAAUCAUGUCCAAGCCACCCGGAUUCAAGUACAAAAGUGGGCAGUAUAUAUUUCUACAAUGUCCACCAAUCUCUCAAUUUGAAUGGCACCCAUUUUCAAUUACCUCAGCCCCAGGAGACGACUAUUUAAGUGUUCACAUCAGAACAGUGGGAGACUGGACAGAAGAAUUGAAACGAGUUGUUACUGAAGGCAAUGAUCCAUCCGCUGUGAUUGGUAGGGCUCACUUUGGUCAGCUUGGAGUUUCAUAUCAGAGAAGCCAACCCAGAUUGCUUGUUGAUGGCCCAUACGGGGCACCAGCACAAGAUUAUCGAAACUAUGAUGUCUUGCUGCUGGUGGGGCUUGGGAUUGGAGCUACACCUUUUAUAAGCAUCCUUAGAGAUCUUGUAAACAAUACAAGAGCAGAAGAGCAAGAUUCAAAUACGGAAGCUAGUACAUCAGAUGAUAGCCUAAAUAGCUUCACCUCGUCAAAUAUAACACCUGGAGGGAAGAAGAAAUCGCAGAGAACUACAAAUGCCCAUUUUUACUGGGUUACAAGAGAACCUGGCUCUUUUGAAUGGUUUAAAGGAGUCAUGGAUGAUGUUGCAGAAAUGGAUCAUAAAGGUCAGAUUGAGAUGCACAACUACCUUACUAGUGUUUAUGAAGAGGGUGAUGCAAGAUCGACCCUUAUCACCAUGGUCCAAGCACUCAACCAUGCAAAACAUGGCUUUGACAUCCUCUCUGGCACCCGAGUGAGGACUCACUUCGCAAGACCAAAUUGGAAAGAAGUAUUUACCAAAAUUGCAUCAAAGCAUCCGUAUUCGACAGUAGGGGUCUUCUAUUGUGGGAUGCCAGUGUUGGCAAAAGAACUGCAACAGCUAUCGCAUGAGAUGACUCAAAAGACAUCCACCCGUUAUGAGUUCCACAAGGAGUAUUUCUGAAACUAAAUGUUCGCCAUCAGCACCAAGCUGCUAUUUAAUUGUAAUCAUUCAAAUGAUUCAUAUAAUAUAUAUAUAUAAUAUCAUAUAAAUAUAUUUGUACAACGGUAGUAAGCUGAAAAUGUAAAUUCCAUUUUUGUAUACAAGUUAUAACGAACAAGAUUUAGAUAUAAUAAACCAAAGUGUAAAAAGAAAGAGCAAUUACACAUAAUCGAGUGUCAGUAGUUAUGAAAUCUGGCAUGCUCAUUAGAAUCCGCAUUUAUUUAUAAACAAUAUAAUAUUAAAAAAAAAAUAGCAUAGAACUGAUUUGUUCAACAAUUGUAGCUAUUGGCAUUGCUUCAGUAAUUUUUGUCUGAGACAAGAGAAAACAAUGAGAUAUAUAGUUCCUCCCCUGUUCAAUAUUCUUACCCUGCCAAUCACUAAUCGCAUAUCACAAUGUUAAUUAUUCGUAAUAUAGAAAUGAAGUGUUGUACCUUGAACUUGGAGGCAUACAUUACUACAACAACAUACAAAAAGAACAUUACUUUCAGCACCAUAAACAUCCACUAAAGAGAGGCAAAGACUUAACGGUGGGUAUAGAAAAGCUCAGCUUUGUCAUCAUUAAAACAAUCUAUAUUUUAUGAUCCAAUCCGAGGCUAAAAAUUACAACAUAAAAGCUUGAGUAGAGAAUGAUGAGGAGAUAAUUGCUUAAACUUAUCCUCGACCUCACAUUAUUAAUUUAUUAGUAUAUAUAGAUAAAAAAAAAAAAGAGUAACCAAAAAUCACCAGUAAACCGCUCUAAUGAUAAAUAACAAGAAAAACUGUAUCCAAAUCGCAUGUUUUUGUUACGUAAAUGUUUACAAUUAAGAGAACAAUCUAAUUGUUAAAGUAAACUUAGAACUGAACAUCAUAAAGAGGAUCAAAUAAUAGUGUUCAUUCAUCUUUCAACCGCUUAAGAAGCUUAGAAGCCCAGCGUCGUACUCGACGCUUCAGAGUGUAACCCACAACUA